CUUAUGUUCUCAGCUGUUAGUAUGCGGCUGAUUUAAACCUUAACAACUGCGACGGAAGGGUUUUGUUAUGGAAGACAUGCUGGAAAGUUUACUGCCAUAAAAGUGAGAACAGGAUUGGGUGGAAGUGACACUGUGGGAUAAGGAAAGACAGUUUUAAAGUGACCAGCGUGUAAUAAUCAUGGAGGUGAUUUACAGUGCAAGUAGUUGGAUCUACAUCUAGCUGAAGCCUUUCUACUGGUCUUUUUAAAAACAGUUUAUCAAAUAUGGAAGAAGAAGAAGAAUUUAACAAUCAGCCGGAAAAAGAAAUAUCAGUUACCUGCUUGACACCACCUUUUGACACAAAGUAUAACCAUCGGGUUCCUGAGGGUGGACACCUUGAAGAGAGUUUAGUAAAUGAAAGGACAGAAAAAAGAGACCCAGAGGAAGGGGAUGAUGACAGUUCAUUUUCAUUUGAGGACAAAGUGAAUACUCGGUCUGUGCAUGACAACCAAAAUGACAGUGAAAAGAUAAAAGAUGUUAGGAACAGAAUGGGAAAUGAGUGUAGGGAUAGCAUGGAUGGUGAUUAUACUGCUGAUGAAGAUGAGGAUUGGGAAGGUGAUGAAGAUGUUCAUAAACAGAAUGAUAAAGAUGACAAUGAAUUUAGUCAAACAGCCAUAAGUAAUGAACAAAUUUCUGCCCAGGAUCCAGUUACACAAGUGCAGGAGGAGGGAUGUGCAGCAAAUAUUCCUAGCAACGGUAGCCUUUAUCUCAAUGACAGUACUGAUGGUGCUUGCCUUAGUAACCAUGACAUGUUGCUUAGCAAUGGUGACAAUGAAGAAUUUUACAUGGAAAGUGAAAGUGAACAAAUAAUUCCUCGCCAACAAACUGAACAGUUCAUUUCUCAGGAUAGAAGUGAAAUUAUUUCAGAAUCAUCAGUGGAAAACAAAGAGGAAAAAUAUGAAACAGAGCUCUCUAGUUGCCAUGACAACCAAAAGAAAAUUUCCACCAUGCAACAAAAUACUGAAAUUUCAACCUCAGGCAAUUUUCACAGCAUCCACGAAAAUCACCAUGACAAUCAAAGCCAGGUUAGCCAUGAAAAUUACCAUGACAACCAAAGUAAGCCAUGUCCAGAUGAAAGGGAUGAUGCAUGGAUCUCAGGAUCUGAACCUGCAAAAUCAUUUGACUGUUCUGAAACUUUGCAUGAAGAAUAUUUUGAACUACCUGAUAAGAGUAGAGGCACUAAAAUGACCCGAAUUGACCAACUGGCAUCACCAGAAAGGAACGGCUGUUCACAUGAUCACCACGGCAGUAAACUGCCCAACAUGGAGUUGCUAAAAGAGAAGAGAAAAAAGAGAAAGGCAAGAAAGCAACUUCUUAAGCAGACUGAAGAAUGCCCAGAAAUUUGCCAACAAGUGGAUGAUGUAUCUGAAAUCAGAAAAAAUGAGGACAAUUUGAAAUUAUCAGCUGGAGGAAAUGAAAUAGAAAAUAGUAAGAUACCUGAUGCAAAUUUUGCGUGUGUAACCCUUCCCGAAAAUGACGUCAAUCAAUCUGUGACAGUGAUUACAACAACAGUAUCAACAGUUGCAAUUCCACCAAUUGCAGUAACAACAUCAACAGCAACAGCAAUAACUACAACACAUAAUAGUGCUCAACCUGCUGCUGUAAUCAAGGAAAAAAUUGACGUGUUUGCUUAUCUCCCCAGUUUACGAGUGCGUAAACCCGUGGAUCUACCUCCGGAGGUCCUGGAGGACCCACUGAAGGAUAUCUUGCUCACAAUAUUUGACAAGGCCGAUUUGAAUAGUAAUGGGAGCUUGAAUGCUGCCGAAUUAGAGGAGCUGUUGAAAUCUCCUACCUUAGACAUAGAUAUAAAGUGGGAUGAUGUAAAGAAGAUGACAAGAUCACUGGACAGUAAAAAGGAAGGAAACGUCACAUUUGAAGAUUUCAGACCACUGGCAGUGGAAGCAAUGAAAGUGAUCUAUGGACGGGACCAGCAAGUGAAGAGCCAUUGGGUUGAGCUGGACCUGGGAGAACACACCCUGUAUUUCAACAGAGUUACAGGAGAAGCCAGCUAUAUUAUCCCUGAGGACUAUGUACUGGACCUGCACUUUGCAGAUGACCUGUUUGCUGAUGCUGUACGUGCUGCCCUGGCCAGAGUGGACAGAAGACAUACUGGUCAAGUUGGAGCGAAGGAUUUCUUCACUGUGCUACGCUCCAUUGCAUUCAGUCUCAGACUUACUGAUGAAGAUCUCAAGGAAAUUACAAAGGUUUUUGGCUCCAAGCGAGUCAGAGUCAGUCAUGAAGAGUUUAUUCCUGUUGCUAAACAACUGAUCUGUAUGAUCUAUCGAGCCCGUGAAGAAGGAGCGAAUGACUGGUGCAUGAUGUCCAGCCCGAGAGCAGGAAGUUUUUGGUUCAACAAGAAAACUGGACAGGCCAAGAAAACACCCCCUGCCCAUGUUAUACGGGCUCAACAACAACAGCUUGAAGAGAGAACUAGUCUACGUGACAUUGUACGACUGUCCCCAAGAGGUGGUGGGUCAGUCCAUGCUGGGGUCAGUGGAAUCACCAGUAAAUGGAAUAUUAAUGGCAGAAGGACCACAUCUUUGACCAAUACUGUCCAGAAGAUUAUAAACAAAAAGAGGGAGGAAGAAAGAGAAAAAGAGCGACAGUUUCUUGCUGCCAAACUAGAGGAGCUAAAGGAAUUUACGGAAAAAUAUGAAAAGGAGAAGAAGGACAGAGAGGCCUUGGAAACUCGGCACAGUAACCUCCAAGUGAAAUACGAGGCCGCAUGUCUGGAGCUGCAGAAGACACAAGGACUAUUGGAAAAAUUACGAACAGAAAACAAGAAGAAAACAGAACACAUUGAGGGUUUACAGAAAGAAGUCACUUUUAUGGCUGAUAGGGUUAAGGUUCUGGACCAAAAAGCUUUGGAUUUGGAAAGAGCUGAAAUCACAGUAGAACAAUUGAAAAGAACACUGGAAUCCUACCAAAAGCAAAACCGAGACAAAGAGUCAGAGCUAAAGGAAACCCGCCAGUGUCUGGAAGAUACAGGGAAAAAACUGUCUGUUGCACAUACUCAGAUAGAAGAUUUGGAAGAGAAGGCAUCAGACCUGAAACAACAGGUGAGGGAGGAACUGAGGAGGAAUGAAAAACUGGAGCAGGGUUUGCUGGGUUCUUAUUGUACUCACAAACACUACCAGAAAGAGUGGCCAGAAAUUUGA